AUGGCUCAAUCCAAACAAGAUCUGGAGGUCAAGAGGCUGAGGAAGGAGGCGAAAAAGGAACUGAGACGUGAGACUUACAAGGAUAGAGUCGCUUGGCUUGACAAGGAGUGGCAAGGGUCACACUGGCUCCCUCAUGAUGUCGUGAGGCAAUACAAGCCUUGCAGUAGCGUUGUUCGCUGCCUGAAAAGUAUUACUGAGCUGGCCACGACGGAGAAUAUCCCAUUAUCUUCUCUCUGGGAGUCUGGUGGAUUCAUCAGAAAUGUUGUCGACCAGGACCUUGCCACUAGGAAACCCGAGCUCAACUUGGAGCUCAAGCACCCUACAUUUGCUCGCCUUACGAAGAAGAUGUCCAAAAAAGCGUAUCGGGACUUGGUUGUAUCUGUUUCCAAUGUGGGAAAUGACAGCAGUUCAUCGUCAGGUUCCACGGCAGGUGAUAACUGUGAAGUAGAAGCACCCGAGGAAAACAACGCGGUUUCGCGAUUGAGUUCUCCUACCUUUGAUUCGUCAACCAAGCAGCGGCUCUCAUAUCCUCUUUGCAAAACAACCGCAUCUACAGGCGAUGAGAAGGGAGUUCCUCCACGAAGCGCGAAGCGAGCCCUCGAAGAUGACGAAGACGAAACCUCAAGCUCACCCCGAAACAAGAGUCCUCGCGUCACCAUCGAUGAAGUUCUGGGAAACCUCAGUUCUGAUCGGAUCGAAACUGCCCGCCGCAUAAUGGACGUCGAACUUGAUACCGCCCUUUCGGUCAAAAGGGACGCCGAGAAAGCACUGAUGGGCCUGUUGCGUCGCGACUGCCCUGUGGCAGUAACCCAAGCCGAAAGAGUCCAGGCUCGUAACCGAAAGCAAGAAGCUGACGAGGCAUUCCGCCAAACUCACGAAAGACUUCAUGGACCCAGUCAAACUCUAGCCGCGAUGAGCAACCUCAAGAAGACCUUUGAUGCGUGUGCCGUACGUGCCCUCAAGUUUGAGAACGCUGAAAAAGUGGCACAAACAUGCAAGGACAGACUGGAUAAGGCGCAGGUUAGUCAUGAAGCGGCUUUGAAGUCCAACCCGAUUGACGAUUGGUGUUUGGAAGCAGUUUGGGAUAUGUUCAAGAGGGCUGAUUCCUAUGGUGAGGAUAUUCAGUAA